GUAAAUCCUGUGGAGGCACCCUAGAGGGACCACCCCCAUUUCAUAUCUUGCUGAGUGGACUAUGGUGGCAGGAAGAUGCUGGCUCGUAAGAGUAUCAUCCCUGAAGAGUAUGUGUUGGCGCGGAUCGCUGCCGAGAACCUGCGCAAGCCGCGCAUCCGGGACCGGCCACGCAAGGCUCGCUUCAUCGCCAAGAACGGGGCAUGCAACCUGGCACACAAGAACAUCCGCGAGCAGGGGAGAUUCCUGCAAGACAUUUUCACCACCUUGGUGGACCUGAAGUGGCGUCACACGCUGGUCAUCUUUACCAUGUCCUUCCUGUGCAGCUGGCUGCUCUUUGCCAUGAUGUGGUGGCUGGUGGCUUUUGCCCACGGUGACAUGGACCCGAGCACAGAAAGCACCACAAACAGCACAAAGUGGACACCGUGUGUGACGUGUGUCAGGUCUUUCACCUCUGCUUUCCUCUUCUCCAUUGAAGUUCAGGUGACCAUUGGUUUUGGGGGCAGGAUGAUGACAGAGGAGUGUCCCUUGGCCAUCACGGUGUUGAUCUUGCAGAACAUUGUAGGUCUGAUCAUCAAUGCUGUCAUGCUGGGCUGCAUAUUCAUGAAAACGGCGCAGGCUCACAGGAGGGCUGAGACCUUGAUUUUCAGCAGACAGGCAGUCAUUGCCGUGCGCAACGGCAGACUCUGCUUCAUGUUUCGAGUGGGAGACCUGAGGAAGAGCAUGAUCAUUAGUGCCUCAGUGAGAAUUCAGGUUGUGAGGAAGACUACAACCCCUGAAGGGGAAGUCAUACCCAUUCACCAAGUAGAUAUCCCUGUGGAUAACCCCAUUGAAAGCAACAAUAUUUUCCUUGUGGCUCCCUUAAUCAUUUGUCACAUCAUAGACAAGCGGAGUCCUCUUUACGAUAUCUCUGCUGCUGACCUGGCACUCCAGGACCUGGAGCUCAUCGUGAUACUUGAAGGAGUUGUAGAAACAACUGGCAUCACAACACAGGCAAGAACCUCCUACGUAGCAGAGGAGAUCCUGUGGGGUCACCGCUUUGUGCCCAUCGUCACUGAGGAGGAAGGUGUGUAUGCAGUUGACUACUCCAAGUUUGGCAACACUGUCAAAGUGGCUGCCCCACGUUGCAGUGCUCGGGAGCUCGAUGAGAAGCCAUCCAUUCUCAUCCAGACCCUGCAGAAGAGUGAGCUGUCUCACCAAAACUCCCUGCGGAAACGCAACUCCAUGAGGAGAAACAACUCCAUUCGGAGGAGCAACUCCAUGCGGAGAACCAAUUCCUCCCUCAUCGUGCCCAAAGUGCAGUUUAUCACACCUGAGGGGAGCCAGAGUGCCUCAGAAACAUGA